AUGACCAUCUUCCGCCCCUGCAUAGACCUGCACUCGGGCCAGGUCAAGCAGAUCGUGGGCGGCACCCUCGACGACAAGACCCCGGGCUCCCUCAAGACAAACUUCGUCUCGCCUCACCCGCCCGCCCACUUCGCCGCCCUCUACCGGGACAACAACCUCCGCGGCGCCCAUGUGAUCAUGCUGGGGCCCGGAAAUGCCGAGGCGGCUCGUGAGGCUCUGGCGGCGUGGCCCGGUGGCCUGCAAGUCGGCGGCGGCAUCAACGACACCAACGCCGCCGAAUGGAUCGCCGCCGGCGCUGACAAGGUCAUCAUCACGUCCUUCCUCUUCCCCGGCGGCAGGUUCAGCCAGCCCCGCCUCGGCGCCGUCCUCGGCGCCCUGGGCGGCGACAGGGAGAAGCUCGUCAUAGACCUGAGCUGCCGCCGCCAGCAGGGCGAAGCUGACGCCGAGCCGAGGUGGUUCGUGGCCAUGGACAAGUGGCAGACCAUCACGGACAUGGAGGUGAACCAAGAAUCCAUAAAGCAGCUGGAGCCCUACUGCUCAGAGUUCCUCAUCCACGCCGCCGACAACGAGGGCCUGCAGCGCGGGGUCGACGAGCAUCUCAUCACCAAGCUGUCCCAGUGGUGCACCAUCCCCGUCACCUACGCUGGCGGUGGCCGGAACCUCCAGGACCUCGACAACGUCGCCAGACUGAGCGACGGCACCGUCGAUCUGACAAUCGGCAGUGCUCUGGACUGCUUCGGUGGCAGCGGUGUGAGGCUGGAUGAGUGUGUUGAGUGGAACCGGCGACAGGCAACUUCCUAA